UUCCUGGAAAAGCAAGAAGCGGUGCAAAGCUGAGAACAAUGUGGGAAGAAGAAGCAAAGGGUAUAAGAAAGGAUGAAGAAGAAGCACUGUUGGAUCUUGUUGAACAACGUACUAAGGAAGUUGAAAACCUUCGAAGAAGACUCUCUUAUUACACUUCUCAGGUUUAUCUUUUUUGGGACCCAAACAAAGCUUUUAUUAAUGUCCUUUUCAACUUUAAUAAUGGAUGAAAGUUAAAGCUUUAAAGUUUCCUACUUGGCUUACUAUGGGGACCACUUUGUCCUAUCUACUUUGAUUUUUUUCCCCCCGUUUUUUUGUUUGAAUGAUGAACUUUACUGUUUUGUCUGUGGAUAUAUUUAAGGUUUUUUUUUUUUUUUUUUUCUGCCCCAUUUUGCAAUUCUUGAGAACUCGGUGGUAAAGUCUUAGUUUUAAUGGAAUGGAACCUUCAACCACUCUUAGGCUGGAUUCUUGAUAGAUUAUUUAUAUAUGUCGAAUGAAUUUUUUAAUAAAAAGAUAGGGUUUGAGCCAAAGCUAGUGUGUUUUGCCGAACAACAACAACAACAUACCUAGUGUAGUCCCACAAGUGGGGUUUCCACAAGUGGAGUUUGGGGAGGACAGGAUGUACGUAGGUCUUACCUCUACUUUUGUUUUGUCGAAAGAGUAGCUAAAAUUGUGCUUCCACCCCUGCAACCAGUGAGGUUAUGUAUGUACAUGUACAAAAGGUGUCUGCCCUACUAUACCAUUCUUGAUAAGCCCUUAAUUAAAUCUUUGUCUUAAUAGAGAGGUUUCUCCACCUUCAACCAUGAGGUUGAGGGUUCAGUCAGCAAGGCUAAAAAAAUGAGAAAAAGCUACUAUUGGCCCGUAGGAGUUCUUUUGGGUUUGCUACCAUAAAAUAUUGGCCAUCUUCUUGUUUAAUGAAUGAGGUUCAAUUUUAAGAGAACUUGAAGCAGAUGCUUCAGCAAGAAUGGCACAAGUCCCUGGUAUUGGGAAUGCUGUUAAGUGGACCAUCAGGGGCUGUCAAAUGGAUGUGGAUUCAAACCAGGCAAGAAUUUACCUGAACCACUUUGAAAUAAGUAUCCUGUAUCUAUGUAAUUUGGCCCGCCCCAAGAUUCCAAGGAUGACCGAAACCUCUAUCUUGAAGGGCCGCAUGAUUUUGUUUCUUUGAAGGACACUCUUCUUUAUACACACAAUUUGAUGUAUGAAAUUGGAAGAGGAACUACUUUUUUAAGGCCAGGAUUGGGAUUAGUAAUUGUUAUUUUCUCCGAUGAGUCAGCUCUAUUCCCCCACUUGAGGGCAGAAACCUGCUUAUCUUAGGUUACGGGUAGUUCCAAGUUGGAAGGGAGGGGAGGUUCAUUUCCUGAUAAUCAAUAAGUAGCAUAGACUUGCAGUAGUGAUUCUUACCAUCAAUCUUGGAGACCUCUAUGCCAUGUCGCUAUAUCUGGAUCAACCAAAAUCAUUUCACGUAUGUUCAGGACCAGUAGGAGUAGCCUUGAUGGAGGAUAAGAUGCAGGAAGCGAGGCUGAGAUGGUUUGGGCAUGUGAUGCGGAGUGACGCAAAUGCCCCAGUGCGGAGGUGCGAGAGGCUUGCUAUGGACGGUUUCAGAAGAGGUAGAGGUAGGCCGAAGAAGUAUUGGGGAGAGGUGAUUAGACAGGACAUGGCGCAUCUCCAGCUUACCGAGGACAUGACCUUAGAUAGGAGGGUAUGGAUGACUCAAAUCAGGGUAGAAGGCUAGUAGCUUGAUCAAUCAGAAAAGAAGUUAGAGGAGACACAACAGAAACUGGCUCACCUCCGGAGCCGGGCCAAUGUGGCAACAUCCACAAGCUCUCAUGGGAAUGAUUUGAAUCCAGUGAAAGUUGAAAGAAGAUCCAUGAGUCCUAUUGUUAUAAGUGAUGAUUCUUCUGAAAACCUCUCUGAGUGUAAACCUAAACCUGACAAAGACAACAUUGUGCCACUCAGGGAAUAUUCAAAACUUGAUAAAAAAAUAGCAAGCCCUUUUCAGAAAAACAAUGAUAAUUCCAGUAAGGUAGCCUGGGCAAAACCACUACUUAUCAUUCCUGACGUGAGACCGAAGGUUUCUCAGCCUUUGAAGAUGGUAGAAACUAGUCCCGUCCCAUGUCGUUCUGAUUCUUGUGCUGAAGGUUCAGGUUUUUCUUUUCGUAACACUCGUAUUGUAAGUUCAAAAGCAGAUAAGAGCGUGAAAACCCCUCCUGACAUCGGAGCUGCUGAGAUUCAACCUAAAGGAACCAAAAGGAAGUUUGAACAGAAAGAGCAUAAAGAGCUGAUUCCAUUGAUAGGUAGAUCUUCAGCUAGCAAGAUCAACUGCCAGACAUGCAGUGUCAUACCUAGUCAACACAAGCGAAAGAUGAGAACUAUUGUCUUGUGCCCUACGAAUGAUCAACUUUUUGCGAGCAGCGCACUGGAUGGGGUUGUCAAGUUGUGGCAGGUGCAGGACAGGGGGUCGAAUGCCAAUCUUCUCAGUAGCACUGAUUGCCUUUCGCGUGAGUGUAGAAAGUGGCCAGAAGACGUAGCCUGGCAUCCAGAAGGCAGCAGUCUUUUUUCUGUGUACAGCGCUGAUGGUGGAAAUUCACAAAUUUCAAUACUGAAUCUUAACAGGGGAAAAGAGAAUACGCGAGUGAAUUUCUUGGAGGAGAAGCCCCAUGUCAGAGGGAUCAUUAACAGCAUAGAGUUCAUGCCCUGGGAGGAGGAACGUUUUGUUACUGGUGGUAGUGAUCAUGCAGUUGUCUUGUGGACCGAUAAAGAUGGAGAACAUUCAUGGAAGCCUAAAGAGUUGCAUAGCCGGCAUUCUUCUGCUGUAAUGGGAGUUGCCGGUUUGCAGCAUAAGAAUGUUGUGAUGUCUGCUGGUGCCGAUAAGCGUAUAUUUGGAUUUGAUUUACCAGCUCAGAGAAUAGAUUUCAAGCAUCAAUUAGAAAGUAAAUGCAUGAGUGUUCUGCCUAAUCCACGUGACUGGAAUCUAUUUAUGGUUCAGACAGGGACCUUAGAGAAGCAGCUUCGCUUGUUUGAUUUUAGAUCGAGGCAAGCAGAGGUUCAUUUGUUUGGGUGGAAACAAGAAAGCAGUGACUCGCACUCGGCUCUUAUAAGUCAGGCUUGGUCACCUGAUGGUUUGUACAUUUCAUCUGGCUCAGUUGAUCCUGUCAUUCACAUAUUUGAUAUACGGUACAAUUCCAAGGUACCUUCCCAGUCCAUUAGACCUCAUCAUAAGCGAGUCUUCAAAGCUGUUUGGCACCAUGCUCUCCCGCUCCUCAUUUCUAUAUCUUCUGAUUCGAACAUUGGAUUGCAUAAAAUUGUUUGAGGUGCUUGAAGAGCUAUCUUCACUUUUCUUUUUAGUCUUCCUUUUUCGCGCUCAUUCCCAAAGUUGUCUCUGGGAAGCAAUAUUCAGGUAAGUAUUAAACCCAAGAAAUUCACGCGUGGGCUAUGAUACAGCAGGCGAUUUGAAAAGAAAAUUGUAUGGAGUGUCAUCUUUGUCUGUGCUUUAUUCUGUAGAUUCAAUAGUUGGAAUGACAAUCUUGAGAACCAACGCUUAAA